UUUGCCCUUCUUUGACGAGGGGCGGGACUUGCUACAUAACUGCUUCCGGGUUGUUGGGUGACCUUGAGCCCUCCUAAGCGACAUGGCGGUUCUCUUAAAGCUGGGUGUCCUCUGCAGUGGCCAAGGAGGCCGAGCUCUGUUACUCCGGAGCCGGGUGGUGAAACCUGCUUCUGUCUCGGCAUUUCUCCAGGACCAGCCUACCCCAGGAUGGCACGGCACACAGCACGUUCACCUGUCGCCAAGGCACCACUCUGGUUCCAAGGCUGCAUCUCUCCACUGGACUAGCGAGAGGGUUGUCAGUGUUUUGCUCUUGGGCCUGCUUCCAGCUGGAUACUUCAGUCCCUGCUCUGUGGUGGACUACUCCCUGGCUGCAGCCCUCUCCCUGCAUAGUCACUGGGGCCUUGGACAAGUGGUGACUGACUACGUUCAUGGGGAUGCACUGCAGAAGGCUGUCAAGGCAGGCCUCUUGGGACUCUCGGCUUUGACCUUUGCUGGGCUUUGCUAUUUCAACUACCACGAUGUAGGCAUCUGCAGAGCGGUUGCCAUGCUGUGGAAGCUCUGACCUCUUCGGUCAACACCUUAGAUUGUAUGCCUCUUUGCCUCUGCUCUGUCGAUGCCAUUCAGCUCACAGUGAGGGGGAAAUGAAGGAUAAGUCCAUUGGUGGGCAGAAUUUCUUCUAAUUACAUGGUUAUUUUCAGAAUUCAUUUGUUGAGGAAAAGGUUUGAGAGGAGUUAAGUUCAACUAGUCAUGAGUCUGGGUUCCAUAGUCCACUGCAUUGGUGGCUUCCUGCUCACAAGACCCACGGUGUAACUGUACAUUUCACAAGUUCAUGUUGCCUUUAACUACCGUUUCUUGAGGAGAGUUCAGCUCUUCCCUGUUGGGAUAAAAGGAGACUUCUCUUGGACUGGGAGGGAGGACUGUCCAUUCCUGAGUCAUAGACUUUGCAUGAAAUUGGAAAGUCUUCCAUUUGGAGCUCCCACUCUGUUCAGUUAUCACCAGCUGUUGAGCAUCUGGGGAACUUCAAAUCAGAUGCUGAUGUCUCCAAUUACUGACUUUUCUUAAGUCUUGGGAAGGAAUUCGAGGACAGGUGAAUUUAAAGUUCAGUUUAGGGAGUUCUGCUUUGUGGGUGGGUUAAAAUAUGACAGAUUCCAAACAGGCUUACUCUUCAGAUAAGUGUUCCUUGUGCAGAAAUAAGCUGUCCGCAAGUAAGAGACUGAGUACUCAAGGGUUUUUCCCACUGUGGGAAUCGCUCAUGAGAAAUCAGACUCUGAAAAAGCAAAAUUUUUAAAUAAAAUAUUACAUAAUGAA